CCUCACAGGCACUGUGUGUAUAGGAUUACAAUGCUACCAAGUAUCUCACGUAAUUUUGAAACAAAGACAGAAGGCUCAGGAGACAAUGAUGGAAGCAUCAUUAGCAUCAGCAAAGAUGGAAUUGUUUGCUUUUGGAAGAAAAACGUUAAGAAUCUUAAGCUCUACAGAACAGUUAAUCUCACAAAAUUAGAAAAAACAACAAAAGCUAGACCACUGUGGGUCACUGACAUGGUUGUAAUGCCAAACAUGCACAAAGUGCUUCUCUCAUUCACCGACAGUGUACUAGCUGUCUAUGAUUUAACAACACCAACAUUUGAAAGAAUAUUCCACAUCACGAGAAUGCCACACUGUGUUGUAACAAUGGAUUACUGGUACGAUGACAAGGAAUUUGAUCAUGCUAUUCUAGUACUCGGUGAUUCUGGAGGUGGAGUACAUAAAGACUGGAUUAGCAAGAUAUACUAUUGCCAUAACUUAGAAGGUAUACUGUCCUGCAGUUGUGACAGCAAUACUGCCUUAGUUUUCACUACAUUACAAGGAUACAGAGAGAGUGUGUUUCAUGUAAGAAAAGGAGUCAAUUCAUUCGAUUAUUCGACUGAUUAUAAUCUCAUUGCUACUGGUGGAAUGGACCAAAGAAUCAGAUUAUGGAAUCCAUACACAGUCACAAAACCAUCAUAUGAAAUGAGGGGGCACAAUUCAACAAUCAUAUUUAUUGCUAUCAAUGAUGAAACAGGACACCUUAUUAGCUUUUCAAAAGAUCUGGAAGCUAGAGUUUGGGGUGUACAUAAUCAGCGAUGCCUUCAAGUUUGCCAUCAGUUUCAAGAAUUUGAUAACAUACCCUCAGCUCUAUACUACUACAGUCCCACGUCAACACUUAUCGCUGGAUAUCUUGACGUUGGUAUGUUGGAAGGAUUUAGAGAGGACCUUAAGACAGUUGCAGUUGUUUCCCACGAGUAUCCGCUCUGUGGUGCACUAUACAACUCAAUAUUUAAUCAAGUAGUCAGUGGUUGUAAUGGGUCAGUUGUGAGUGUAUGGGACAUUGAGACUGGGCAAAAAGCAAUACAGUUCUCCCAUUGUCAUGGAGAAGUUGAAAUCACAGCAAUGUCCUUCGAUGCUAGUGGACGAAGGCUCAUAACAGGUGCUAGAGAUGGAUCAAUAAAAAUAUGGAAUUUCAACAAUGGCGCCUGCUUAAAGAUUCUAGAAAGCUCGUACAAUGCAGAAGUGAUCUGCUUUGUCUUGUUUUACAAUAAUGUACUAGCUAGUGGCUGGAGCCAGGUCAUUGCAGAAUACAGGGAUUUAAGCUCUAAAGAUCCGAAUGAUCUAAUACCUACAUACUGGGGGAAAAAUAUCCACGAAGAUGACAUCCUUAGCAUGGCUUAUCAUGACCCAGGGAUAAUUGCUACUUCUAGUUUUGAUGGUGACAUUAUCCUCUGGGAUAUAAUGACUGAGCAAGUCAUUGCAAUACUCAAUGCAACUGACGUUGAUUUCAGUGCACAAUAUGCUCGCCUUUAUAAUAAGAUGAGCAAAAAACCAGUAGAGGGUAACAUGGUCAAAGAAAUAAGGCACUCAUCGAAGAAAGCAUCAGUUUCUAAUCAGAGGCAAAACAAUCUGAAAAAUAUGGGAGAAUCAAAGAAACCAAGAUUUGGCUACGGAACUAACAAUGCAGUUGAAAAAGUUAUAUUCUUGGAAAAAAGAGAAAAGUCGGUCAAGACUGCGACUCUAGUAGCCUGUGGUGCAGGGGGCCUGGUUCAGUUCUGGAAUAUAUACGGAGGAGGUCUGAUAGGAGAAUUUAACACUUUCUAUUACAUAUACAAGACCGAGGAGGAAAGGGAGGCUGUGCAUGUACUCCAUUCGGUCACUACAUGCAAAGCAUUGAGCGAUAACUCAAUACUAGUAACAGGGUCAUCUCUAGGAUAUAUACAGGUAUGGGACAUCAGUUCAUUUUGUGUUGACGUACUCAAUGAGUCAAAGCCUAUUAAGAAUAUGCCUCCAAUUAUUAGUUCCUGGAGAGGUCACACUGAUGCUAUCAUUAGCAUUGAUCUUGUGGAACACAAGGAAUUGAUUAUAACAGCAUCUUUAGACUGUUGCGUGAGCCUUUGGACUUUAUGCGGUCGUUACAUAGGUACAUUUGGUGAGAGCUACAUAUGGAAUCUAAACAACAUUGAAACCAGAGUCCCGACCAGGCUACAACAAAUAGCAUCAGAGACCACACUGCAAACAAUAGCACCAAAGGUCAUAAAAACUUUCUCUUUACUUUACAUGACAAUGGCCGAGGAAGUAAUAGAAAAAGAGCUACAUGUAAGCGAAGAGAAAGCAAAAACAAACAACGAAAAGAAUGAUUCUGUACCAAUAGAAGAUAUACUCAAAGCAUGCAAAAACCCAAAGAAGAAACCCUGCCCGCCAAUCAAGCUGAAAGUACGAAACUCGGAGUAUGGUCUAUCCGUAUACUCGCACUUAAAGUGUCCUGAACUACAGCCAGAGCCAACAUAUAGCCACCCACUAAGUGGUCCUAAUAAUAGCAAGAGGAAUAAGAAAUCCGAGAAGGCAAAUUCGUGCGAUAAGGCUUUGCCAAAGAAACUGAUAACAGAGAAGACACUAUUUCCCAAUACAGCAGAAUCAAUAAAAUAAUAAAUAACUAUAACAAUA